AUGAGUAACGACGAAAAACGUACGACAGAUGUUCUCAAUCAACUGAAAUUUGGAACAAUUUUGGUCAAACAAAAAAUCAACGGCAAAAAAUAUCCUCGCCGAUUUUUUCUUCAUGAACAUGAAGACUUUAUAUCCUACGAAGAAUCGCGUAAAACUUUUGGCAAGCCAAGAAUAUAUCGUAUCAAAGAUAUUGAUGAAGUUCGGUCUGGUUUUCGCUCGCGAACAUUUGAUCAACUGGUUAGAAAUGGUUCGAUCAGCGUUUCUGAGGAAGAUCUUGCAUUUACAAUCAUGUAUAAUAAUCAUCGAAAUGAAGUUCAUUUGAUGGCACCGGAUGUAACGACUAGAAAUUUAUGGAUAGUAGGUGUACACAAUUUAAUUGAUCAACAUGCACAUAAAAGUCAACGACAUUUAAUUACAGAAGAAAAUUGGAUUUUAAAUUAUUUUCGUGAAGCGGAUAAAGAUCGAUCGAAUACAUUAUCGAAACGAGAAUGUCGAAGGUUACUGACUAAUUCACUUAAUGUGAAAGUACCGUAUACAGUGUUUGAACAACUUUUUCGCAAAGCAGAUAAAAGUCAAGAAGGUUUGUUAAGUCCGGAAGAAUUUGUUGGUUUCUUUCAAUUAUUAACUCAACGAAAAGAUCUCUAUGAAAUAAUGAAGCAGUACACUGAAAAUGGACGUUCACAUUCAAUCGAAAAUGUUCAUAUGAAUGUCGAUGAGUUAUUAUCAUUUUUGAGAAUAGUACAAAAUCAAAAAUUAACAAUCAACGUAAAGACUCACGAUGGUCGAGAUCAAAUUAUUCGUGAAUCAAUUGAAAAGCCAGAGCAAGCACAAGAAUUAAUCGAUGAAUUUGAAUUGGAUACAGGAUUCAGGCAGAAAGGUCAAUUAAGUCUUGAUGGUUUUCGAAAUAUGCUAUUAUCAGGUGAUUUUGAUAUAGUAAACCCAUCACAUGCGCGGCAGAUAUAUCAGAACAUGACAAGACCACUAUGCGAUUACUAUAUCAAUACUUCUCAUAAUACAUAUUUAUUCUAUGGCCAAUUAUCCGGUGAAAGUAAUCCAGAAGCUUAUAAUCGAGCAUUAUUGGCCGGUUGUCGAGCUGUUGAACUCGACUGUUAUGACGGUAGCGAUGGUAAACCGAUAGUUACUCAUGGAUAUACACUUGUAAAACCAUGUUCAUUCGAAUCAAUUAUUCGCUAUAUGGAACCGAAUCUUUUUAAAACAUCACCAUAUCCAGUUAUUUUAAAUAUAGAAAAUCAUUGUUCACUUGAACAACAAAACGAAAUGGCUCGAAUCUUAGAAAGUAUCCUCGGAGAUCAAUUACUUAAAGAACCUUUGGUUCAUGCAGCAAAUCCAAGAUAUUUACCAUCGCCAGAAGAUUUAAAAUACAAAGUUAUUGUUCGCAGUAGAAAAACUACAAAAGCCACAAAACCAAAUAUCAUAAUACAAUCAGAAGAUGAUGAUGAUCCAAUUUUUGAUCCACCAAGUAAGAGAAUGCAAUAUAAUCUCGGUGAAUUAUUUAUCUUCUUACAAAAUGUUCCAUAUCGUGAUUAUGAUUAUGCAAAACAUAAUUAUUCAUCAUGGCAUUCAUCAUCAUUGGCUGAAACUCGUUUUGAAAAAUUAUCACGUAGCGACCCAACUAGUUUGAUAUUGCAAACAACAUGGCGAACUCUUAGAACUUACCCCGGCGGUUUCAGACAAGAUUCUAGUAAUGCAAAUCCAGUUACUGCUUGGAUACAUGGCAUACAAAUGGCUGCUUUAAACUUUCAGAAUGAAGAUGACAUUAUGCCAUUAUGUUAUGGAAAAUUUCUCGAUAAUGGUGGCUGUGGUUAUGUGCUCAAGCCAACAUAUUUAAUUAAUGCGCAUGAAACCGAUUAUAAUCCAUUAAAUCCUAAGCUUGAUCUUGAUCAGGCUAAAGUUUUAACUCUAACAAUAAUCAGUGCACAAUUUUUAUCUCGAUCAAAGACAGAUAUAUCCGAUAUACCCGAUCCCUAUGUAAUGAUAUCCAUACAAGGUGUACCUUGUGACCAAAAAAUUCAAAAAACUAAAGUUAUCGAGAACAAUGGUUUAGAUCCAAUAUGGAAUGAAAAGUUUUCGUUUAAUAUCAAAUAUUCACAAUUGGCACUGGUCUAUUUUUCUGUUUACGAUCGUGACUCAUUUACACUUGAUGAUAAACUUGCAUAUUUUUGCUUACCAUUAACAAUGAUGCAAACAGGUUAUCGUCAUAUACAUUUACGAGCUAAUAAUAACGAUCUAACUCAUUCAACUCUCUUCGUCCAUGUUGAUAUUCAAGAUGAUGAUGAUGAUGAUGAUGAUAAUAUAACUAGUACACGAUUUUAG